UUAGCCCACCACUAUGAAAAGUGACUAGGCAUCAUUUUGGCAACAAAAAAAGAAAAUAGCGUCAGAAAUAAUAUUUAAACGCUCUUUAAUUAAUAAAAAACAUGUCUGCACCUGAUAAGGAAAAGGAGAAAGAAAAGGAGGAGACCAACAACAAGGGCGAAGAUUUGGGUCUCCUGGAGGAAGACGACGAGUUCGAGGAGUUUCCCGCCGAAGAUUUCCGCGUGGGCGACGACGAGGAGGAGCUGAACGUGUGGGAGGAUAACUGGGACGACGACAAUGUGGAGGACGACUUCAGUCAGCAGUUGAAGGCCCAUCUCGAGAGCAAGAAGAUGGAGACGUAGACCGGCGACCUCUUUGUUCAAUCCUAACCAUGAAAACGAGCUGAGCAGUUUUGCAGUUUAUAGAAUAAAAUCAGUAUAUUAAGUGGAA